UGGUGGCAAUAAUUUCUCUGAAAUGGUUGAAUUCCCCCUUUCGAUUCAUGUAAUCGUUUCACGCUUUUGUAAGCUUGAGAGAUUGGCCUUCUACCGGUUUAAUAAAAUACACAAAAUCGAAACCAAAAUUUGUAAACAAACAGGGGGUCCCCGUUUCGGGGCACAUUUGCCAAGUAAUUGCAGCGUUACCUAAGUAAUUUUUGCAAGCGGCAGGUCAGAGAGAUAUCAUACUACAAGUCUCUUUAACUCAAAACCCAUAUCAUCUUUUUUGACACAAUCUUGCGUGCAUUGAUCGGGCUGGGCUUUAUCUCUUCCACUGGCAGCCAAAAAGGAAGUGACAGAGUACGAAUUUGUACGCGCUGUGUGAUUGGUUCGCAAAGACAUUGCUUAGCCUUGGGAUCAUCCGAAUGGUUUCGGGAUUAUUCGCGGACCAAUCCCACGACACGUUUGCUCAAAGGCCGUAAGCGCCGAGCAUAGGUCUAAAUCUUGCAGCCCUUAACCGGCAAUGGUAACGUCUCCAUACGAGUGAAAAAUUCUCGAGCGUCCCGCAAUAUACAAUCAACCAACAUUGUCCUCUACAUUCAAUUCAUAAUGUAGGAAUCAUCUUUAUUCUUGAUGAUGAUAGGAGCUUCAGACGGAUUUACUUUCCAGACAUAAGAUUUAAAGGUGUUUUUUCUGUGUGCCAUCUUUAAAAGUUGUCUGAAAAUUGAAGUUGUUAAAUUUUACGUAUGAUAAUAUAUUCAUCCAUUUUAGAAUUGUAGAAUAUAAUUCAUUCAUCUAGAUAAUUUUUACCGCGACAGAUCUUAGUCGUUAAAACAGGUAGUGGUAGUUCCACCGCUAAACGCUCGGCAUCAGGUGUGAAUGUCACGGGUCCUUGGAGAUGACCUUAAAAAUGGAUUUCCCGUGUCACAGUGGGUGUGACACGUUAAGGAACCCCAACUGUUCAAUGGCCGUAAGCGCCGAGCAAAGGCCUAACUUUGAAGCCCUUCACCAGUCUUGGUGAUGUCUCCAUAUGAGUGAGAAAUUCUCGAGAGAGACAUUAGACAAGAUACAACCAUUCGAUCUAAAUAAUUUUUAGAUUAGUUCAUUGUUUGAUUCUCAAUGUUGGAGCCAUUAUUUAUCAGGAUUUCCCCCAUUUUUGCAUGUACCCUUAAAAGUAACCCAUUUGCUUUCUUUUUAUUGAUACAUGAAUGGGCUUCCAUACAUUAAGGUAUCCGAACCUCAUUAGACCACGUGACUAAAAAGACGAUGUCGGGACAUAUCGGUGUAUGUCGGAAGGUGUCGGAAAUUAAUAAAAGUAUUUUAAUAAAUAAAUAAAAAUGAAAUAAAUAACUCUUUUUUUAAAUUUCAUUUUGUUCGUCAAUCAUUAAAAAAUAAAAUACGUUCAAGUUUGAUGUUUCCGUAAAGUCUCGCACACACGAGAUGGUGGGAAAAUCUGUAAUGGCUGCGCCCCUGAAAAAAGUCGUGCGGGACAAACGCGGUCGUUUUACGUCGGAUAUAGUCAAAAAAGGGGAGAAGGAUGACAGCACAAAACGACAGAAGGGUAUUAGAAACAUCGUUGUCGAACAUAAUUACCCCAUUGGACAUUUUCACGACGAUAACAACAGAUGUGAAGAAUGUUGUCCGGGAAUAUCACGGUUAGUGAAUUCAAAAAAGAUAGAAACGGAAGAUUGGGGAAAGGGUAGGCGUGUUGUAGAAUUGAGAUGUUUGGUCGAUUCCUUAAGCCACUGUCUGUUCUGUAGGAUGGGACCGUUAUAUCUUGCGCAUGAAACUAUCAAAGGUGAAAUGAAGAUGGGACUGGGGGGGGGGGUAUUUGUAUACACAGUGUAUUAACUGCGGGCAGCUGAAUACCAUCCCAUAUGGCAGUACAUACUCCGAGCCAUCGACAAGAGGACAGAGAAUGUUUUCAGUGAACACAAAGUUAGGUGCAGGUAUGUACUGUGUGUUUAUAAUUGAGAAAUUGUACAAUGUUAUUGUUUGCAUAUUCAAUUAUAUGUCACACCCACAGAAGGUUUGAAAUUUGCUGAAUAUGUUUUGUAGCAAUGAUUGACUCAAUUGGAGGCCCACAACGAGUCAAUAAUUUCCUUACAACGCUUGAUCUCCCAUCAAUAUCAAACAAAAAUCUCAAAGCCAUGGAACGACGAGCUGGGCAAAUAAUUGAAGAUUAUGCAGAGAAAAGUAUGGCCAUUGCAACUAAAGUAUCAUUUGACACUGAAAUGAGUGACAUUUCAACUAUGGAAGAAAAAAAUGCACCAUUUGUCCAUCAUGCUACUUUUGAUGAGGAGUUGGGUACUGCAGUUAUAGAUGGUGAAUUCCUAGGUAAUCCUGCAUCACUUUUGAAAUCUACAAGUGUGCUUCAAGACCAGGAGGAAAGUGGCGAUUCUGGAAAUGAUGAUGAUGAUGAGAAUUCUAACCCAGCGCAAGUUUGUCUGCCAGAUCGAGAUUCACAAAAUGUUGACCAUUCUCCUCAGACUCCAAAACUAGUUUGUCCAUCACAUGUAGAUUUACAGGAAAUGGACCUUGCUCUUCACACUCCACAAGGAAUAGUCAAUGAAACUGCACAUAUAGACAAAGUGUCAGGAAGGUCAUUUGGAAAAGUCAAGAUGAAAAGACAGAGAGUGGCUGUUUCAAAGAAGCUGAAAUUUAACCCACGAACAAGAACAGGAAUGACAGUUUGUGCUGACCAUGGCUGGCAAAAAAGGGGAUUUGAUAGUCUAACAGGUAAGAGAAUAAAUUAUAAAAGUGUAAUGUGGAAUUCUGCUGAAAACUGUAUAAAUUUUCAUUUUACGCCAUAAAACAUUUAAACAUUCAACAGGCCAUACAUUUUUGGUCAGCAAAAGUAAGUAUGGCAAUAAAGUUCUUAAAACUGUUAUUAAACAUCGAACUUGUUCGGUUUGCAAAUGGUGGAAACGAAAUAGACCUGGACAAAAGGUUCGCAAUCACAAAUGUGUCUGGAAUCACAAAGGUUCAUCAAGACAGAUGGAGGCUAUGGCUGGGAUUCAGGCGAUAAAGGAGGUGAUGUCACAAAAGACACCAGUUGAAGUUAUUGAGGGUGAUGGAGACAAUACUGUGAUAUCAAGGAUUGAGAAUGAACUGGGUGUAAGAAUAAAGAAAAAA